AGCCCCCCGCCGGGCGCCCAGCCCCUGUCGCCCACCGGCAGCACCCUGGUGUGCCCCUGCUGCUUCGCCUCCCUCAUGCAGCAGUGGCAAAGCUUCGAGUUGGCCAACGUGCCCGUGCUCCAGCGGCUCUACGUGGUGCCCCUCAACGCCGGCGCCGCGGGCAUGCCCCCCAAGGGCAGGCGAGGGCUCAAGGAGGACGGCGCAGGCCCAGCCCCGGCGCCCGAGGCCUGCUACCUCUGCGGGGAGGAGUGUGGCAAAGAGGUGAGGCUGGUGGCCGCCAAGAUCACCAACGGGAACGCCAAGAGCACCAUGCACUUCCCCUUCCUCAGCCUCCUGCCGUGCCCGCCCAGCGCCAAGGGGCUGAACAAGCACUGGGAGGUGAGCAGCUGCCGGAAGUGCUACGGGGUCUUGCAGGACCUGUGGGCCAUGUACAGGGCCUGCCACAACGAGGAGCUCAUCACCUCGGUGCAGAGCUUCCUAGGAAGGUACCACCAGGUGUUCUCCGCCGGCGACCCCAGCGGCCUACCCGGGCACCCCACCAUCAAGUCCGGCUCCACCUCAGUUUGCUACAUCUGUGGGGCCGAGCUGGGAGCCGGCAAGGAGUUCCAGCUCAACGUCAACCCGCCGGGGCGCUUUGGCGAGAAGGAGCCCUUUUUCCCCUUCCUCACGGUCUACCCGCCCGCCCCUCGGGCCAGGCCGGCGGACUCCACGGGGCUCGUGGCCACCUGCGUGCUCUGCUACCACGACCUGCUUGGGCAGUGGCUGCAGCACGAGGGCAGGAAUUCCCACCACCCCAGCAGCGCCUGGUCCCGGCAGUACAGAGUGGAGACGUUCGUCUGCUUCUUCUGCCGCCAGGAGAAGAAGCGAUGUCUUGGAUUAAAAGCAGUGCAAGUUGCCAGGCUCCCCGUGUUCCUCUACACGCUCCGCGUGGCCAACAGCUUGCUGGUGGAUGACGGGAAGCAGCUGACCAUCGGCGCGUGUGCCGAGUGCGGGGCCGUGGUCCUGGCUGGCAAGAACGUGACGCCCCCGGAGCUUCUGGCUGCGACGCCCCCAGCUCUGCUCCCCAAGGCGUUGGCCGCUUCCCUCGAGACACCUGCCGCCAAGCCCGCCGCCGGCGAGCCCCGGCACCGGGCGGCCAGCGCCCGGCGGAGCCCGGGCACGGGCGCCGGCGCUGCCCCGGACCCCGACCGCGGCCAGCGGACGGCUUCGGAUGCGGAGAGCGCGGACGCCGGAGCUACAAGCAUGAGCCAUGAGUCAAAGUCACCUUCCCUAGGAAUGCUCUCCACCGCCACGCGCACCACGGCCACCGUCAGCCCCCUCACCCCCUCGCCGCUCAACGGCUCCCUCGUCCCCAAUGGCAGUCCCGCCGCCAACAGCACUUUGUCCGUCCAGGCUGCACCUUCGUCGAGCUUCGCCGCCGCCCUCCGCAAGCUCGCCAAGCAGGCCGAGGAGCCCCGAGGGUCGUCCUCGAUAAGCAGCGAGUCGUCGCCGGUCUCGUCGCCCGCCACGAACCACAGCUCGCCGGCCAGCACGCCCAAGCGCGGCCCCAUGGGCCCCAUCAUCGUGCCGCCGGCGGGGCACAGCGUGCCCAGCACGCCGCCCGUCGUCACCAUCGCCCCCACCAAGACGGUCAACGGCGUCUGGAGGAGCGAGGGCAGGCAGCAGGACGCGGGCUCGAGAGGCGGCGGCAGCAGCAGCGGCCGCGAGCGCCUCAUCUCGGAGCCGCCGCUGCCGCAGGAGAAGGCCGGGGGCCCCGCGGUGCCCGCGCACCUCCUGGGCACGCCGUACUCCUUCGGGCUGCCCCCCAGCUCCGUGGUGCCGGACUCCCGCUUCCCGCCGCUCAACCUGCAGCGGCCCGUUCACCACGUGGUGCCUCCCAGCGCCGUCGCGGAGGACUACCUGCGCAGCUUCCGGCCCUACCACGCGGCCGAGGAGCUCCGCGUCUCCUCGCUGCCGCCCCUCGGCCUGGAUCCGGCCGCGGCCGCCGCUUACUACCACCCCAGCUACCUGGCGCAUCACCCCUUCCCGCACCCGGCCUUCAGGAUGGACGACUCGUACUGCCUCUCGGCCCUGCGGUCCCCCUUCUACCCGCUGCCCGCGCCGGGCUCGCUCCCGCCGCUGCACCCCUCGGCCAUGCACCUGCACCUCUCGGGCGUGCGGUACCCGGCCGAGCUCUCGCACUCCUCGCUGUCGGCCCUGCAGUCGGAGCGCAUGUCCAGCCUGACCGCCGAGAGGCUGCAGAUGGACGAGGAGCUGCGGCAGAGGGAACGGGAGCGCGAGCGGGAACGGGAGAAGGAGCGAGAGCGGGAAGCCGACCGGGAGCGGGAGAAGGAGCGCGAACGGGAGCGGGAGCGCGAGAAGGAGCUGGAGCGGGAGCGCGAGAAGGAGCGGGAGCGGGAGCUGGAGCGGCAGAGGGAGCGCGCCCGGGAGAAGGAGCUGAGCAUGGUGAAAGCCAUGGAGGGCCCCUUCCUGCCCGUGGCCGAGCUGCACGGGCUGCGGAGCCACCAGCCCGAGGAGCGGGGCAAGCCGUCGGAGCCGCCGGCGCCCGGCAGACCAGAGAAACUCAAGGACUCGGUGCUGCCGACGCCGAAGCCCAUGCAGCACCCGCUGCACCCGCCGCCGGCCUCCCACCACCCGGUGCCCAGCCUCAUCUCCAACCACAGCGUGUUCCCGCUGCCGGGGAGCAGCGCGGCCACGGCGCUGCUCAUCCACCGCACCAACGAGGAGGAGAAGUGGCUGGCGCGGCAGCGCCGGCUGCGCCAGGAGAAGGAGGACCGCCAGUCCCAAGUGUCGGAGUUUCGGCAGCAAGUGCUCGAGCAGCACCUCGACAUGGGGCGUGCCCCGGGCCAGCCGGAGCCGGAGCACCGCUUGGAAAACCCCAGGUCGGGACCGAGCCGGCACGAGGCGAGCGCCCGCGAGCCGGUGGCGCAGCACUUCGGCGGGCCGCCGCCGCUCAUCUCGCCCAAGCCCACGCACCACCCCGUGGCCGCGUCCCUCUGGAACCCCGUGUCCCUGCUGGAGAGCGCGCCGGAGCCGCGGCGGCUCGCCGAGCCCCACGCGCUGCACGGCCACCCGGCGCCCUUCGAGCCCGGCCGCCAGGGCAUCCCGCUGGUGAAGGUGGAGCGGGUCUUCUGCCCCGACAAGCUCGAGGACGGCGCCAGGAAGCGGGAGGCGCUGGAGAAAUACCCGCCGGCGCGGGAGCCCGAGCACGGGGGCUUCGCCCACGGCCCCUUCCUGGCCGAGCUGGAGAAGUCGACGCAGAGCAUCCUGAGCCAGCAGAGAGCCCCGCCGGCGCCGGCGCCGCCGUUCGCCGAGGGCGGCAAGCCCAGCUCGCCCUACCGGCCGCCGCCGCGGGCCCAGGACCCCGCGUACGUCUACGACGAGUUCGUGCAGCAGCACCGCAGGCUGGUCAGCAAGCUGGACCUGGAGGAGCGGCGGCGGCGGGAGGCCCGCGAGAAAGGUUACUACUACGACCUGGACGACUCGUGCGACGAGAGCGACGAGGAGGAGGUGCGGGCGCACCUCCGCUGCGUGGCCGAGCAGCCCCCGCUGAAGCUGGACACGUCCUCCGAGAAGCUGGAGUUCCUCCAGCUCUUCGGCCUCACCACGCAGCAGCAGAAGGAGGAACUGCUGAGCCAGAAGCGGCGGAAGCGGCGGCGGAUGCUGCGGGAGCGGAGCCCCUCGCCGCCCACGGUGCAGAGCAAGCGCCGCACGCCCUCCCCGCGCCUCCCGCUCUCCACCCGCUACAGCCCCGACGAGAUGAACAACAGCCCCAACUUCGAGGAGAAGAAGCGCUUCCUCACCAUCUUCAACCUGACGCACAUCAGCGCCGAGAAGCGGAAAGAUAAAGAGAAGCUGGUGGAGAUGCUGCAGGCCAUGAAGCAGAAGACGACGCCGGCCGUGGUGGUGGUGAAGAGCUCGCCGCGGGACAGCCCCGGCAUCCCCGGCACCGAGCCAUUGGUGCAGCCGCUCCUGGGGGAUUCGGACAAACCCCUGGGGAUCACCUUGCCGGAGAUGCCAAAGACGGCGGAGCCCUGCCGAUUAGAGCAGCUGAGACCGCAGGAGCUGCUGCGGGCUAAAGAGCCGGCGGAGAAGCCGCGGCUGAGCGAGGGGCACACGGGGAAGAAGGCGCUGAGCAUCCUCGGCUACGUGCGGGGCCCGCUGCCCAAGGACAUCCCGGUGCCGCUGUCGCACAGCAUCAACGGCAAGAGCAAGCCCUGGGAGCCCUUCAUGGCCGAGGAGUUCGCCCACCAGUUCCACGAGUCGGUGCUGCAGUCCACCCAGAAAGCCCUGCAGAAGCACAAAGGGGGAGCCGCCUCGCUGACGGCCGAGCAGAACCACAAGCUCGACGCCUCCAUCCACUACAACCUGCCCGAGCUGCAGGCGCCCGGCCGCCCCCCGGGACCCCCCCACAACGGGCAGCCCGAGGCUCUGCCGCCGCCGCUGCCCCGGGCGCUCGCCCCCCUCGAGCGCCGCCACGACUCGGCCUCCGACGACGGCGAGGGCGACGACGAGGAGGAGGAGGAGGAAGGGGAGGAGGAGGAAUACCCGCGGCCCAAAUGGCAAGGGAUCGAGGCAAUUUUUGAAGCCUACCAGGAGCACCUAGAAGAACAAAACCUGGAGCGCCAAGUGCUGCAGACGCAGUGCCGGCGGCUGGAGGCCCAGCACUACAGCCUGAGCCUGACGGCGGAGCAGCUUUCGCACAGCAUGGCGGAGCUGCGGAGCCAGAAGCAGAAGAUGGUGUCGGAGCGGGAGCGACUGCAAGCCGAACUAGAUCACCUGCGGAAGUGCCUUGCGUUGCCUGCAAUGCAGUGGUCUAGGGGUUAUUUCAAGGGGUAUCCCAGGUGACGCUCCUUGGGCUAGGCCGAACCUAUAGUCUAGAAAUAAUAAUCUAUUUUAUUACCUUGAAUAUUUAAUAUUUUUCACUGGGAGGUUUGAAGCUAAAAAAAUAAAAUUUAAAAAAAAAAUAAAAAAAAAUAAAUAAAUGGAGAAUGUGCCAUGCAUGAAGCAAAGGGGGCCGGGAGCCGGGCGCGGACCCGAGCGGAGGAGCAGCCCCGGCGCCGGCCCGGCCCUCCCGCUCGCGCCGCGGCUGGCGCCCGCACCCUUGCCACGGGGGGGCCGGCAGGGCCUUCCUCCCUCUCCCCCGACCCACACUUUAUAUAGCUCAUUUCUUUUCUUUUUUUUUCUUUUUUUAAUUACGAUAAAAGACUCCACCGACAACACUAAAAGGGCCGCGCCGCGGCCGGAGGGGGCCCCGCGGGGCCGCGCCAGCCGGGGAGCCCCGCGGCGGCCGCCCGCGAGCCGCGUCCUGCACCCCGGGGCUUUCCGCUGGAAAUGCACUUCGCUAUAAAACAAUAAAGUAACUAAACGAAUCAAAGGUACCUUUUUAUUCCUGCUUGGCGGGGAAGGGGGGGGGGGGAGCAGAGGGUGUACAGAGCUACACGACACACACGCACACACCCCUAUAGCUACGUCUGUAGGCACACAUGCACGCACGCGGUACCCUGCUGGGUUUAGAUUGAUUUUCUUUUCUAUUUUUCUUUUCUUUUUUUUCCCGUACUGAGUCAAAUGAUUUUUUUUUUUUUGCAAUUUAAGAGUCAAGAAAACCAGAGGUGCUUCAGCCUUGUACUGUAUAUAUAUAUUAAAAAAAAAAGUUUUGUAUGUUUUUAUUACUUUAAUUAUUGUUAUAAAAAGCUUGCCUGUGUGUGUGUUUUUUUUUUUUUUUUAAUGUUUCUGCUUUUGUUUCUUUCCCUCCCUUUUUUUUGGGGGGGGAGCAAAAAAAAAAUAUUAACUUGCUUUUAGUUUUUGUAUUGCUGCUGCUGGUCAGGACAGAAAAAGAAAAAGAUAUUGAAGUGUUUUAAAAGUCUUUAAAAGAAAAAAAAAAACAAAAA